CGGAGCUAGCCGGUGUCCGAUCAGUGUCCGACGACGACAUCGCAACCUUAUUAAGCGACAGUUCAAGAUCAGGGCGCUAAACUACAUGUACGCACGCUCAAUGAGGCCCGCAUUCCUUUCUCAAUUCCGAGCCUCGUGGUUACCGAGCAGGGCGACGCAUACAUCCGUUGGCGGCACCAGACUCAACAAACUGGCUAAUGCCAAGAGUCCAUACUUGCUGCAACACGCCUCCAAUCCUGUUCACUGGUACGAAUGGCAUGAAGAGGCGUUCGAGCUCGCCAGACAGCGAGACGUCCCCAUAUUCUUAUCCGUUGGGUAUGUUAUAUCCCAUCACUCCUCGCUGCCCUCUGCCUAUCGCUACAGUAGCUAUUCUGCAUGCCACUGGUGCCACGUCUUGGCUCAUGAGUCUUUUGAGAACGAAGACGUAGCCGAAAUCAUGAACGAACACUUUGUAAACAUCAAGGUAGACAGGGAGGAGCGCCCAGAUGUUGAUGCAUUGUACAUGACCUUCUUGCAAGCAACAACCGGAGGUGGAGGUUGGCCUAUGAGCGUAUUCCUAACCCCUAGUCUUCACCCUUUCUUCGCGGGUACUUAUUUCUCCAGACCAAUUUUCGUGAAGCUUCUCAAUCAGAUUGAUACACUCUGGAGGGAGAAGAGACAAGAUGUAGUCGCAUCCGCUGAAAAUAUCUUGGACCAAUUGCGCUCAGCGCAGGCUCACCGGAACAACCCUUCACGAUUCGCGGGAGAUAUCCUCAAACCUUCGAAGACACUCUUACAUAGUUUCUUACAGAAGUUUGACUCCCGCUAUGGAGGGUUUUCCCCACGAGGACCGAAAUUUCCCUCUCCAUCUCAGAGCCUUGAUUUCCUAAUCACGUUCGCUAGGACUUUCAAAGACCCUGGAAUAAGCAAAGAAGAACUUUUCGAGCAGCAAAAGAAAGCUGUACAGAUGUGCGAGGGGACGUUAAAAGGUAUAUGGGAAGGUGGUAUCCGCGAUCAUGUUGGAGGCGGGAUAGCACGAUAUAGUGUUGACGAGCGAUGGCACGUUCCCCACUUUGAGAAGAUGCUGUACGACCAAGCUCAACUCGCAAAUUCUGCCCUCAAUCUAUCUCUCAUCCGUCCAAGAUUUGACGAUUAUGCGGGAGGAUCAGUGCAGAUGCUGCAAGAUAUGGUAUCGAAUAUAUUGGAAUACGUAGAGCGGGACCUUAUGGACCAUGGCCUCAAUGCUGGAGCGUUUUGGAGCGCAGAAGAUGCAGAUUCAAGGGAGCAGUUCGAAGUGGAUGAGAGCGGGAAGAAAAUACCUGUUGGGAAGUCUCUUGAAGGUGCUUUUUAUGUGUGGACCACGUCGGAGAUCGACCAGGUCCUUGGAGCAGCCCCCAGUACUUCCAACGCCGAAAUGGCUAGUCAUAUUGUGAAAACAAGAUAUGGUGUGAAAGACGACGGCAAUAUCGAACCUGCCAGCGAUAUCCAAGGCGAAUUGAGGGGCAAGAAUGUCCUUUACCAUGCCAUUAGCAUGGACAGUCUUGUGAACAUCGCGAAGAUUCCAAGGGAAAAUCUUGAUUCCAUCAUCAAGGAGUCUCUGAAAGCUCUCAAGACGUGGAGAGACGCGAAUCGUCCACGGCCCCACCUAGACGAUAAGAUCGUCACCUCAUGGAACGGACUUAUGAUCUCUGCCUUUGCGAAAGCCCAUAUGAUGUUACCGUCUUCCUAUCAGAUUCAGCUACGAUCUCUGUCAAUCGCUGAAGGAGCCGCUAAAUUUAUCAUGCGCGAGGUGAUGAACGAUCAAACUAUGGAGCUCAGCCGAACUUGGAGAGACGGAUCAAGGGGUCCAAAUGGCCAAGCUGAUGACUAUGCAUUCUUUAUCCAAGCUCUUCUGGACCUAUAUGAGGCUUCCAAUAAAGAGUUUUACGCGCUGACAGCCAUUAAACUGCAAGAGAAGCAAGAUGAACUGUUCUGGGAUCAUGAGUACGGAGGAUGGUUCAACAGCAGAGCGGAUGACCAUCUGUUACUGCGCCAAAAGGAACCCUCGGACGGAGCAGAGCCAUCAGCGGUAUCUAUCACACUUUCUAACCUCGUUCGCUUGUCGCAUAUCGACACGAGUCGCUAUGAGUUCUACAACGACCGAAUUGAUCGUACAAUAACAAGCAUUGCAUCGUUAUUGGAGCGUGCGCCACAUGCUCUAGCCAAUUCCCUUUCAGCAUUCAUUCGGCGACAAGCAGGAUAUCGCCAGUUUAUCGUCUCCGGACCUCGUUGCUCCAGCAUGACCAAAACUUACAUCGACCUCAUUCACAAAAAUGGUUCACUUGGAAGUGAUGUUAUUCUUAUCCAUUUAGAUCCCGAUGCCCUGCCGAAGCAACUCGCCGAACGGAAUGAAGUUCUGAAAGGUCUGAUCGAUGACGUGGAGAAGAGGAAAUUGGAAGGCAGAGAGAUCCCUGAAGAUGUCAGACUUUGCGAAGGCUUUACGUGCCAGUUACCAGUUUCUGGAGUGGAUAAUGUGAAAAGGCUGGUGACAGGCGCAGAUUAAACUCGAGGGUGUACUUCAGUUUGCACAUGACAAUUCAUGACCUAGGAAGUCCUCGAAUCAUAAGGACCUCUCAUCCGGUCAUCAAACUAUUUAUCCCUGUGUUUGUAUUUGUGCAAGUGGUGGCUCAGCUGGAGACACCCGGAUUGAGCUGCACAGAAAAGUGCAUCACAAUGACAUCAUAGUAUCAACGGAG